AUGACCGAGUCACACUGCUUCACUUGGAAUUCCUUCAGUUUUUUUAUAUCCCACUCUCUCUCUCCUCUCUCUCUCUCUCUCUCUCUCUCUCUUUCUCUUUCACUCUGUCUUCCUUUACUUUUCUCUAUCUCUCUUUUUCUCUUCCUCUCUACCUUUCUUUCUAUUUCUCUCUCUUUCUCUCUUUCUCUAUUUUCACUCUCACUCUAUCUUUCUUUCCAUUUCUCUCUGUCUUUUGCUUUAACCCUCUUUUUCUUUAACUGUCUCUAUAUAUCUUUUUUCUCCCUCUCUUUCUUUCUUUCCAUUUCUUUCACUCUCUCUCUUUCUUUCUUUACCUUUCUCUUACUCUCCUUUUCUCUCCCUCUCCACUAUCUUUCUUUCCAUUUCCCUCUCUCUCUUUCCCUUUCACUCUCUUUCUUUACGUUUCGCUAUCUCUCUUUUUCUCACCCUCUUUAUCUUUCUUGCCAUCCCUCUCUCUCUCCAUCCUCUCUCUCUCUCUCUUUUAAAUAUAUUCUUAUUCAUUUAUACUCGUACAGUUUUGGUCAUUUCAUUUUUUUUCUAGUAUUAGUGAUUAUCCUUAAUUCCAUUUUCAUGCGGCGCGAGUCUGGGUCAUUGUAUAAUUUUGAUAUUCCGUAUGCGAAAUGA